AACAAAAGAAAAAGGAAAUAAAAAAAUAAACGUAGGACUAAAAAGCAAAACCCUAGCUCUUCGGGCACCCCAUGGCGAUGGCGACAGCGACGGCGAUCUCCGGCCGCGUAGCCGGCGAGGCCAGCGCAAUCCUCGCUCCUUCCGCUUCAUUUCUGCCUGCGCCGCUCCGGCGCGCCCCCUGCUCCAAGACACACUUUUGUGCUUUUCCUCGUGGAGCACCUAGCAACCUCAUGCUUAAACCGGGACAACUAUGCCUUGAGCGCCAAAGCUGUUUAUUACAGAGAUCUAGUACAACUUCUGCUCUUUCAAGGGGAGACUUCUCUCCUGUUACUCAAGACGUUGAAGGCUUCCUUCACAGUGUUGUCAAUAUGGGAUUUCUUGACCGUCUGAAACUGGCUUGGAAGAUAAUCUUCCCUGCACCGACCAUACAUGAGAACACAAACGCAAGUAUUGCAAAACAGAGGCUGAAGAUGAUCCUAUUCUCUGACAGGUGUGAGGUCAGUGAUGAAGCAAAGAAAAAGAUAGUGGAAAACGUUGUUGAGGCGCUAUCUGAAUUUGUUGAGAUCGAAUCACGGGACAGUGUACAAGUGGAUAUCUCGACUGAUGCUGGCCUCGGCACGGUGUAUUCUGUGACUGUCCCCGUGCGCCGUGUGAAGCCAGAGUAUCAGGAAUCGGACGAGCAAUACAGAGGGAAAAUUGUCGGGGUCGACUUCAAGGACACUGGAGAAUCGUCUGGUAAUGUUGACGUCACCUUUGAUUUCUAUGUACCCAGUGAGAACCCCUGAACUCCUUGUACUUGGUGUGUUCUGUUGUCUUCCUCUAUCGUGGACUCGUUGGGUAGAAUGUUUGAUGUGGUCUGGUGUAAAUAUGUAGGCCUUUCUUUCAUUCAAAUAGUUUCAUGUAAUUCGAUUU